CUGAGGAUCGCGCAGUCCUCUUGUCUGGACCCUCGACUCUGAUGCUCUUUCAUCCAUGUCCGUAACCGAAACAAACGUCAAAUCAAUUACGACUUUGUACGAGACACUCAGAGUCUUCCCGCAACCCACUCAGUGGACAAUCUUGGCGUCCUUCUUCCUUCGAGAUGCAUCCUCUUUCCAGAUCGUGUCCAUGGCCACCGGGACCAAGUGCCUUCCCGCCAAUAAGCUACCCGUGUCCGGCGAAGGGAUUCACGACAGCCACGCAGAGGUGCUCGCGCGUCGGGGGGCAGUGCGAUGGUUUCUCGAAGAGGUGAUACGCGUGCGAGAUGGGCUGGCAUCCAAGUGGAUCCAUCGAACGGAGACCGGACGCUUCGCUCUGAAUGCAAACGCUCAGCUGGGGAUCUACAUCUCCACUGUCCCCUGUAAGAGCCCCUCGUCGUCAGGUCUCCCGCACCGCGCUGCAACACACUCCUUGAAGGUGGCGACGCGUCGAUGCACUUUCUCGCGUCUUCUCAGGAUGAAGCCAUGGCUGCGCUCAAAGACGCUCAUUCCCGUGUCCCUGCUGCUGCUGCCGAAUCGGCCCUCGUGACGCGCGGAAGAGACGGUUACGGCGUUCUUGGUGUCCUUCGCACAAAGCCCGGCCGGGCAGACGCUCCAUCGACGGCGUCGAUGUGCUGCAGCGACAAAAUCGCAUCCUGGGCUUUCCUGGGCAUCCAGGGUGCUUUGGGGUCUCGUCUCCUGGAGCCACUGUUCAUAUCCGAUGUUGUCAUCGGGGAGGUGGAUUCCGACAUGCAGGAAGCGGUGAGGAACGACUGCGAGCGGGCUCUCUGGAAACGACUGGAUGGAAUCCCAGCCUGCGAUAGGUUCUCACUGCACCCACCGCGGAUUCAUUUCACUAGCGUCCCGUUUGUGCAUUCGCGCCGUUCUUUACCCGAAGCCGCGAGUUCGUGUCACGAAUGCAUGUGGUCUCACACCCAGCGCGGGGGAUCUUCUGACCUGCAUGCAGCGCUUUGCUGGAUCUCCGACUCGCACAGACCAGCAGAGGUCAUCAUUAACGGAUAUAAACGCGGCGUCGCGCCGAAGCAUCGGCAGAAAGGGAAAUUCAGGCCCUCAAUCUGUCGAGCGUCCAUGUUGGUGCUAUAUCAAGAGGCUUGCGGGCAUCCUCCAGAUGAGCUCUCUUUGUACCAGGAUGCUAAAGAUGCGAGUGUCGACUACCAGCGUGCGAAGACCAGUCUGAUUGGGUUGCGGGGCCCGUUUCACCGUUGGGUGCGCGGCGGGACGGUGCCUUUUCAAACUUGAAUAACUACCGCAGAGAGUGUCAUCAUAUCGCAGGGUUUCGAUUUUCUCUGCACUGUAAAUGUGUGAUGCUGGUCUAGAGUUUGAGUUGCGCAAAUUGGUCAAGCAUGAUAAUUUGAUACCAUCACUGCUGCGUGAAGACAUUCGUACACACUGUCCGUGCCAUCACCAUGUUCAGUCUUGUGUCUUCGGUUUCCUGUCUAUUUCAAGCUGAUCCCAGAUUCUGAACCGCGUUUCAGCAUUCCCACUCCCACCUUGAUCUGUCCGCUGACCACGUCCCGCCUAAGAAGCCUAUCCAGCACCGCAACUGGCAGACUCGGCUUAUGUCCAUCUACAGAGAAGUGAUCGUGGUAGAGAUGAGGGCUCGACGUUGGAUUGACGCGGGUUCCCAUCCAAUGAUACGUCUAUUUCAUCGGGCUCCGAGGGUCGCACUGCUCGUCGUCUCUCGUGUGUCUCCUCUGCGGCCAUGAACAGCAGCAACCAGGACGUGGCCGUGGGCCCGCUUUUCGUCGGUCUCUGCUUCGCGAUCUUCUUCUUCGGCAUGAUCUGCAUGCAAACCAUCAACUACACCAAGUCGUUCGCCAAGGACACGCUUUACACGAAGACUCGAGUUCUUGGUUUAUGGUAUUUCUACUGCCGUCGCCAGUCUCUUCGUGGCUCACGGGAGGGCCAAAGGACCGUGGACUUCCUCUUCACGAUGUGUCUUUGCGUCGGCGUGUACACGAUGGGCGUGAGCGACGAUGCGAACUACGACGCGUCCCAAGUCAGUGCGGGACUGAGAAUCGCGAUGGUGGCGGGGUCAUUGCUGCAUCACAUCGCCCAAGCUUACUACGUAUUCCGACUGUACCAGCUGAGCGGCGGGCUGCUUUCUCUUGCCAUCCCGCUAUGGACGGUUGCUGCCAUCCUUGGAGGCCUAUCGUUGUCGAUGGCCGCGAAGAUCCAGCAGAUGGGUUCAGUUGUGGAGAUGGGGAGGACCUGGCAUUGGCUCAUUGACGUGACGCUUUUCGGAGACGCGAUCUUGGACUUGAUUUGCGCUGGAUUGCUUUCCUUUUACUACCUGCGGACCCCGCGGACGGAUUCGAGACACCAAGUCAGCCGCACAUUGAGUGAGCUGGUGCAUUAUACGAUCCGAACUGGCCUCUCCACAAGUCUCAUCGCCAUGGCUGCAGCAGUGUCUUUCGCAGUCAACUCCAAAAAUUACAUCUGGGUCAUGUUCUACAUCGUCGUCCCGAGCUCUUUCGUUGACUCGAUGAUCGUCAACGUGAACAACCGCAAAACCGACAGGAGCGUACGCAGUUCCACUGCUGUCAUCCGCAGCGUCGAGAACCACCGCACCCAAACGACCGUCAUCCAGUUUUCGCGGAGCGUCGUGUUGACCCGCGAUUUCGAAACCGGCGACCAGAUCCGCGACAGGAAGGAUUCGGACAUACAGGUUGAAGAGCGCGAUGCGGAUGAGGUGGCGCGCAGGUUGAAUGCGAAGACGCUGGAAUUCGUGCCCCGCUUCAGCCCGCUCCAUCCGGAGGCCUAGUCGGUCUCGGAUGUGGAGGUGUCGUCCUCGAGUGCAAAAUAUGCGGUGUAGAUGUAAUAUGUGAUAUAAUUUAUUGGGAAUACAGACACGAGAGCAGAUCGG